ACGCGCGGGGGGCGGGGACUGCCGCUGGGCCUGCAGACACCGCCGGCCCGGCUCGCCCGAGCUCGCACGCUGCUCGCCGGCCCGGCAGAGGGAGGAGAGAAUACGAACGCUUCCGCGGCUGGUUGCUCAGUGUCGUGGUUGCCUCAUUGAGGCUGGCAUUCCUACCACAGACACAUCGUUUCUUUUUAAUACUUCCAAAGAAACUGAAAAACCUUCAAGCUGGCGGGAGCAAUGGUUCACAUAAAGAAAGGCGAGCUGACCCAGGAGGAAAAGGAGCUGCUGGAAGUCAUCGGGAAAGGUACUGUCCAAGAAGCUGGAACACUAUUAGCCAGCAAGAAUGUUCGUGUCAACUGCUUGGAUGAGAAUGGAAUGACUCCUCUAAUGCAUGCUGCAUAUAAAGGAAAACUUGAUAUGUGCAAAUUACUUUUACGACACGGAGCUGAUGUAAAUUGUCAUCAACAUGAACAUGGAUACACAGCCCUCAUGUUUGCUGCACUUUCUGGUAAUAAAGACAUCACGUGGGUAAUGUUGGAAGCUGGUGCCGAGACAGAUGUUGUUAACUCCGUAGGAAGAACAGCAGCUCAGAUGGCAGCCUUUGUGGGUCAACAUGAUUGUGUGACUAUAAUCAACAAUUUCUUUCCUCGAGAGAGACUGGAUUAUUACACUAAACCCCAGGGACUGGAUAAAGAACCGAAACUGCCCCCAAAGUUAGCGGGCCCACUGCACAAAAUUAUCACCACAACAAAUCUUCAUCCUGUCAAGAUCGUGAUGCUUAUAAAUGAGAAUCCUCUGCUGGCAGAAGAGGCAGCACUGAAUAAAUGCUACAAGGUGAUGGAUUUGAUUUGUGAGAAAUGUAUGAAGCAAAGAGACAUGAAUGAAGUCUUGGCUAUGAAAAUGCAUUACAUCAGCUGUAUCUUUCAGAAAUGCAUUAACUUCUUAAAAGAUGGAGAGAAUAAACUGGACACUCUAAUCAAAAGCUUAUUAAGAGGCCGAGCUUCUGAUGGCUUUCCGAUAUACCAAGAAAAGAUCAUUAGAGAAAGUAUCAGAAAAUUUCCUUACUGUGAAGCUACCCUCCUCCAGCAGCUGGUGCGAAGCAUUUCUCCGGUUGAAAUUGGUUCUGACCCCACUGCAUUCUCUGUACUUACCCAAGCCAUCACGGGUCAGGUGGGUUUUGUGGAUGUUGAAUUUUGCACUACCUGCGGAGAAAAGGGAGCAAGUAAAAGAUGCUCGGUAUGCAAAAUGGUAAUAUAUUGCGAUCAAACCUGCCAGAAAACACACUGGUUUGCACAUAAGAAAAUCUGUAAGAAUCUCAAGGACCUUUAUGAGAAGCAACAAUUGGAGGCUGCCAAAGAAAAGAGUGAAGAGGAGAACAAUGGCAAACUCGAUGUCAAUUCUAAUUGUGUUAAUGAAGAGCAGCCGGAGGCUGAAAGAGGAAUCGCUCAAGAGGAUAGCAGUCCUAAAGAUUCUGUGGAAGGAGAGAAGGCAUCUCUUCAGAGUGAUGCUGGGUUGCACUGCUUACAGGAUGCUCCUGCAGGUCCACAGGCGUCUGAGGAGUAAAAGGCAGAACAAGUGCCAGCAUGGAUGGUCCUCACCCUGGCAGGUAGCUGGAAAACUCAUGUGACUGUGUCCUCAUUGCCUUGUGACACCUGCAUGGCACUGUGGCAUGAUUUCAUAGAAUAGAUGCUUUCCAGCAAAGCUCUGUCUAGUAUGCCCUAAUUUCCUCCUAAUUUCUGUUCUAUAAUUGGACAGAUAUUCCUAGGGAAAAAAAUUUUUUUCAAAAUAGAGAGAAAUAUUUCUAUUCCCUUUCUGAGGUCACCUUUCCAGCAAUUGUUCUCAAAAGAAUAUACAUUCCCUUAAAGAAGAAAUGUAAGCUCUAGGGAACAAAGGGGCAAGCAGAACAGGUGUAAGAGAGAAGAAAGAAAAAUUUUAUAGCCACAAAGAUGGGUAGUUAAAAGAAUCAUAAGUUAUAUGUGAAUAAAAUGCAUAUAAAUAGCAUUUACAAAAGUGAAGUUCUACUUAUUAGGAUGUAAUGAAAUGAAGAAAAGCUGUAUGUUAAAGGGUCUUUGCCAGAGUUCAGCUAAUUUUAGUUUUCUAUAGAAAUUAUCCUGAGCACUCUGAACUUGAUGUAGUUCCUGCAGUGAUGUUUUAUCUGCAGUAUUUGUACCUUCACAAAUGUCAAGUCCUCCAGAAGGAACCAAGGCAUAGCCAAAGUUAUCUCAGUAUGUACAUUAAAAAAGAUGUUUAAUGAAAUUUUUGAUUAAAUAAUGACUAAACAUACUGGGUCCACAAUUACUGUAAAACUAAUUCAUGUGCCAUAUUACACUUGAAAGGCUGACUUUUAUCUUCCUAUAUGCUUUUCAUGUGGCUCUUCCCGUCCAGAAAUGGAUUUAUAACUGUCAUUUUAUAGAAUGUUCUGGCAUCAGUUUUUAGUGUAUGUAGUAUUUAAACAGAGCUGAAGUGUGAUAGCUGAAGAUAGUGCUUUGUUUCCGAGUUUCCUGUGUUGAUUAUAAAAUAAAUUGUACCUAUUGUAUAACCAACUCA